CAAAAUUCUCCAGAAAGUUGGAUGGAGGGGUCUCAAGGUGGUUGAAUUUCAUAUAACCGCCCCCAAUUGAGCUCACCGUUGCUGCUGCAAACCCUUCCAAUGGUCUUUUUAUAAGAUCCUUCAGCAACUUCUCCUUUUAACAACCUCCCCGGCACCGAGCAAAAGGGCAGUUCGGUUCACAGCAGCAAAUCAUGUCGUCGGCUAUGCCCUCAUUCAAGGCCCUUGCGGCUUCGGCCUCGAGAUCAACCUCGAGAAUCACCUCAACACACGCCUCCCUCCGCCCGCUCUCUCAUAUCCAAAUCCAGCCGUCAUCAUCCACAACAUCCUCAACCGCCCGAGCCUUCUCAACCACAAUCUCCCGGCCCACAAAGACGGUAAAACCGCACCGCCUGCCCAGCGACCUCAUCCCUCCAUACCCCUACGGCGAGCGCCGCGUCUACAAGCAGUCCAACAACGGCCUCUACGGCAGCGCCCGCAUCCGCUUCGGCAACAACGUCGCCGAGAAGCACAACAACAAGUCCCGCCGCUUCUGGCGCCCCAACGUCCACGUCAAGACCUUCCUCAUGCCCUCCCUCGGCGCCCGCAUCAAGACCCGCCUCACCCUGCGCGUCCUCAAGACCGUCCGCCGCGAGGGCGGCAUCGAAAACUACCUGCUCAAGAGCAAGCCCGCCCGCGUCAAGGAGCUCGGCCCCGGAGGCUGGAACCUGCGCUGGCUGCUCAUGCAGAGCCGCGCCGUCCAGCAGCGCUUCAACGACGAGCGGGUCGCGCUGGGAUUGGAGCCCAGGGAGCUCGAGGACAGGGACGACGUCAUUCAGUAUGCGCUGGAUUACGCUACGCCGGGUCCCUUGAGCUUGCGCAGCCAGGCGACGCUGGCGGAGAUGAGGGCUGCCCUGGACCAGACUUUUGUCUUGGGCGACGAGGACUUGGCCAAUCUCGAGGGCAUCGAGGAGCUGUCUGACGAGGAGGAGGAGCUGCUGCUACGGGAGCUGGAUAGGGCUGAGGAGGCAGCAAGAUUAAAAGGUGCAAGAGCGGAAAAGCAAAGCAUUGAGGUGUAAAAGACUCUCAAAUCCCUUUUUUAAGAAAAUUUUGUAUAUCAUUGUAUGUAUGUAGGAACUCAUCAUGUAGAAUAAACCCCGCCAUCUCGGAGCAAAGCAAAACUAAACGAAAAGAAAAAGACAAGUACUCGCCAGCAUCCCGUGUCUCGGAUUUUUUGAAGCCGCAUAGUAGAUAGUAAGUGAUAUUGCUAGACAUGAGAGGAAUAUAGCCAUAGUAGCAGAUACAGAUAGGGUGAUAUAGCGAUAAUUUAAAAGUACCAAGUAGU